CGGAGACAGGAGCUGACUCAGAAGCUUUAUAGGGGUGCUGCUUACUGAGUGGCUCCUUAUAGCUUGCUCAGCUUACUGUCUUAUAGAGCUCAGGACAUCCAGCCUAGGCAUGCCACUGCCCAUAGUGUGCUGAGCCCUCUUCCAUCAAUCACUAAUUGAAAACUGCCUAAGAGCUGGAUCUCAGGGAGAUUUCCUCAACUGAGGCUCUUUUCAAUGAUGACUCUUGCUUGUAUCACGUUGACACAAAACCAGCCAGUUUUUAGCAUUUUUCAGUGGCAGAAAGGAAGAACAAACAGUAGGUUAGUCUCUUCCAGGGACCUUGUCUCCAUCUGUGUUCAGUUGUAUAGCUUUUAGGCUGUUUGAACAGUUUCAGUUUCAGGAGCAAGUGUCAUUUUCUUGCUAGUGUUUGGCAUUCUUGUCCUCCAGAACCUGCAUGGGAAGUGGUGGUUGAACACAUAGUGGCCCCUAGAUAUUGAGGGGCAGAAGGAUCAAGUGGUGAGGGGACAGUGUGGUUACUCACAGUGUCCCCUGCCUCAUGCCCUGCUCGGAGCUGCUUUGUUCUGCUCACAGACACCUUUGAUUAGCUUGAGUUUAUUUUCCAUUUCAUUCUCCCCUGAGCCUUUGGUUUUUCUGCUUUGCAAAGCUUCAGCUAAGUGUAGAGUAGAAACACAGCCACUUCUCCACUGUUGCAAACAAGCAACAGAAAUGUGAAAGGAAAACAUCCAUAAGUGCCCCAAGGGAGCACAAGGAAAUGGAGACUGAGCCCAAGAGCACGAAGGGUUACCUUACAAGUGUGUUGGUGAUUUCACAAAGGACGGGUCCCCUGGGGUCUUCCUGAAGGUGGUGUGGGAAAUGGACAUCAGGCAGGGGAUUAGAGCUUGUAAUAGGUGACAACUUUGUAAAGGUGUCAGAGUGGAACAAAAACUUUUGCCUUUCUCAUACUCUCCAUGAUUCACUGGAAACAGAGAAGCAGGCACUGGAGACGUGGUACAUGGUUAAGAAGAGCUCUGCUCUUCUAGAGGGCUUCAGUACAAUGCCCAGAAUCCAUGUAGCAUAGUUCACAGUUGCCUAUAACCCCAGCUCCAAGGGAUCUGACACCCUCUUCUGGCUCCUAAAGGGGCUGAACUCACCUGCUGAAAGCCACACAUACAAUUAGAAACAAGGAAAUAACUUUUUGUGUCUGGUGUAGCUUAGUGAUGGCUCAUUUUCUCAUUGGUAAAAAUGUACUGUACUUACUAUCUCUUACUAUAGUGAAGCAGGGGCCCCAGGGAACUUAGUAAAUGUUGGUUGCCACCGUUGACUGAAUCACUGUGUUUAGAGAUCAGCCUUUGAAGUACUUUCAAAGGGAAGUACUUUCUCCUGACUAUACACACUCAGGAUUUUUCUCCCCUGCACUCCCAACAGGGUUUCUCUGUGUAGCCCUGACUGCCCUGAACUCACUCUGUAGAUCAGGCUGGCCUCAAAGUUUUCAGGAAGAAAAUCUGAUAAUAUUCUUCUCCCUUGGACUUCCAGAGAGGCAUUUCAAGUCAUGCAUAGCCAUUCCCUUGAUGUGCCUGAUUUAAAAUCAGAGUCUACAUAGUCACUGUGACUUUAGUUAAAACAACAGGCAAUCUCCUCUUUUUGGUACAGUUCAGUUGCUGUCCAUAAAGCUGAGCCUGUUAACCCUGUUGAUGAAUCAGGGGUCAGACAGCCAUGUCCAUGCCUGGCUGGUUUAUGCGAACUGUGCUCUUAGUAGAGAUUCAUUGAGGACCUCCAUUUGACUUUGCCUGUUUUUGAUUGAAAGUAAGGGAAGAUGUUUGUAAUAUGUGAAGAAUGAAUCAAAGAUGUAAUUGCAGCUUCUUUGUGAUGAUUCAGAUGAAAAAUAAAGCAUGUUUGUUCAGUUUCUAUUAUUUUUUCCUUAAAGGCUUGUAUUACCUGUUUUAUAUAUUUGAUGUUUGCACCAAGAGCCUAAGUAGGGGGAUCUAAACACUUUGUCCAGAGCUGUAAUGUUUGCCCCUCCACCUCUACCCAGUGCAUGAAUUCUUCUUUAACUCCUAGUCUACUCCCACCCCACACCUGCUGAUUGUCUUUCAGUGUUGGUGUAAGGUUAGCACACCCCCCGCAGGACUUCAUUGAGCUCAUAAAAUGGAUUACCUUUAAAGAGAUGAAUGUGUACAUGGAUGGACCAGAGGUCAUGUUUGGUGUUGUCUUCUUUGACUUUUGAGCCAGGGUCUCUCACUGGGAUCCGGGGUUAGGAAGUUAGGCUCGGCUGAGUGGCCAGUGUGCUCCAGUGAUCUGCCUGUUUAACUCCCCACUGCUGAGAUUACAGUCCUCUGCCACCACACCAGGAUUUUUAUGUAGAUGCUUGGGAGUGAAUGAAGCACACUUGACGUUUAUCACUGUCUGAAUGUGGAUCUCCUAGCUCCAAGUGUGGCUGUGAGUGCCCAGCUCCUACUUUGUGAGCUCUGACCCCACUUUUAUUCUUUGUUUCUUAGUUUUUGUUUUUGAGACAGGGUAGUUCUGAGUCUGUAUAGUUUGGCUGUCCUGGAACUCACUGUGUAGACCAGGCUGACUUUGAACUCACAGCAAUCUGCCUGCCUUUGCCUCCUGAGUGCUAGGAUUAAAGGCUUGCACCACCACUGCCUGGCCCACUUUUAAUUUUUUUUUAAAGAUGUAUUUAUGUAUUAUGUACACAGUGUUCUGCCUGCAUAUAUGCUUGCAUGACAGAAGAGGGUGCUAGACCUCACUAUAUAGAUUGUGAGUCACCUUGUAGUUGCUGGGAAUUGAACUCAAGACCUCUGGAAGAGCUGUCAGUGCUCUUAACCUCCGAGCCAUCUCUCCAGCCCCCACUUUUAUUCUUAAUGUCAAUUCUCUAGUGGAUGUCAUGUGGAUCUCUCACUGAGCUGACAACCAUUUCCCUUGGACCUUCUUUGUCCAAUCCACUCUUCUGUUUCUAAAUUCACUGGAACUUUAAGUCUUUUUAGUAACUGUCCUCCAGGCCCUUAGAAUCAAGGCCAAGUUCUUUAAAGAAUGGCUUCAAAGGCCUUUCCCAGCUGACCUCUCGUCCUAGCUGUUAUCUGUGCUCUCUGGCUUUGUAGGCUGUAGGCGAGUGAAGAUGGCUGUUGUGCGUUCGAGUUUUAUUCUUACUUGUCACUUCCUGCUCCUCUCUCCUCUACCUGCCAGUCUGGAGUGUCUUCUCUCCUAGGUUCCUUCUGCUCUUCGUGCUUCUAGACCCUGGGUUUAGCUCUUACACAGCAUUGCCUCUCCUGUUAGAUGGCAAACCCCACAAGAGGGGAAGAGCAAGCAAUCCCAGCUCUGGUCUGCAUUAGUACGCUGACCUUCAUUUGGACAGUCUGGGAGGUAAUAGCAAGACUGCCAUGGUGGCCACUGUGAGCCCCGCUGCAGAUAACUAUGACGAAACCCUCUCAACCCUGAGGUACGCAGAUCGAGCAAAGCACAUCGUCAACCAUGCUGUGGUGAAUGAGGAUCCGAAUGCUCGGAUUAUCCGAGAUCUGCGGGAGGAGGUGGAGAAGCUCCGGGAGCAGCUGACCAAGGCAGAGGCAAUGAAAUCUCCAGAGCUGAAAGAUCGUCUGGAAGAAUCGGAGAAACUCAUCCAGGAAAUGACUGUGACCUGGGAGGAGAAACUAAGGAAAACUGAGGAGAUUGCGCAGGAGCGGCAAAAGCAGCUUGAGAGCCUUGGCAUAUCUCUUCAGACUUCUGGAAUCAAGGUUGGGGAUGACAAGUGCUUCCUGGUUAACCUGAAUGCUGACCCAGCUCUGAAUGAACUCCUGGUGUACUACUUAAAGGAGCACACGCUGAUAGGGUCGGCCAAUUCUCAGGACAUCCAGCUCUGCGGGAUGGGCAUCCUCCCUGAGCACGGCAUCAUAGACAUCACGCCCGAGGGCCAGGUUGUGCUGACUCCUCAGAAGAACACCAGAACAUUUGUCAAUGGGUCUUCUGUCUCCAGCCCCAUCCAGCUGCACCAUGGGGACAGGAUACUGUGGGGAAACAACCAUUUCUUCAGACUCAAUCUGCCAAAAAAGAAAAAGAAAGCAGAGCGAGAGGACGAGGACCGUGAGGCAUCCCUGAAAAACGACAGUAGUUCUGAGCAGCUGGAUGCCGACGGCGACUCCUCCAGUGAGGUGUCCAGCGAGAUCAACUUCAACUUUGAGUAUGCACAGAUGGAGGUGACCAUGAAGGCUCUGGGCAGCAAUGACCCAAUGCAGUCCAUACUGAGCAGCCUAGAACAGCAGCAUGAGGAGGAGAAGCGGUCUGCUCUGGAGCGCCAGAGGCUCAUGUACGAACACGAACUGGAACAGCUUCGAAGAAGGCUGUCUCCUGAGAGGCAGAACUGCCGCGGUGUGGACCGGCUCUCCUUCCACUCGCCCAGUGCCCAGCAGCGCUUGAAACAGUGGGCUGAAGAGAGAGAAGCAACAUUGAAUAACAGCUUGAUGAGGCUGAGGGAGCAGAUUGUAAAGGCCAACCUGCUGGUUCGGGAAGCUAGUUACAUCGCAGAAGAGUUGGAUAAAAGAACCGAGUAUAAAGUUACCCUCCAGAUUCCAACCUCCAGUCUGGAUGCCAAUAGGAAGCGAGGCUCUCUCCUCAGUGAACCUGCCAUCCAGGUGAGAAGAAAGGGCAAAGGAAAGCAGAUUUGGUCUUUGGAAAAGCUGGAAAACAGGCUUUUGGAUAUGAGAGACCUCUACCAGGAGUGGAAGGAGUGUGAAGAAGACAGCCCGGUUAGCCGGUCCUACUUCAAGCGUGCUGACCCAUUCUAUGAUGAGCAGGAAAACCAUAGUCUCAUCGGUGUGGCCAAUGUCUUCCUGGAGACCCUGUUUUAUGACGUGAAGUUACAGUAUGCUGUGCCGAUCAUCAACCAGAAGGGAGAGGUGGCAGGCCGGCUGCACGUGGAGGUGAUGCGACUCAGUGGGGCUAUUGGGGAGAGGAUUGCAGGAGGAGACGAUCCUACAGAGGUCAGCUCUGAAAAGGAAGCCCAGGAGAACAGGCUGGUCUGCAUGGUUAAAAUACUCCAAGCCACAGGGUUGCCGCAGCAUCUGUGUCACUUUGUCUUCUGCAAAUAUGACUUCUGGGAUCAGCAGGAGCCAGUGACCGUUGCCCCUGAAGUGGAUACGUCUUCGUCUCCCACCAGCAAGCAGCCACAGUGUAUGGUUGUGUUCGAUCACUGCAGUGAGUUCAGUGUUAACAUCACAGAAGACUUCAUUGAAUAUCUCUCAGAAGGGGCCCUAGCCAUUGAAGUAUAUGGACAUAAAAUGAAUGAUCCCCGGAAAAACCCAGCCCUGUGGGACUUGGGGAUCAUCCAAGCAAAAACAAGGAGUCUUCGGGACAGGUGGAGUGAAGUCACCAGAAAGUUGGAAUUCUGGGUUCAGAUCUUGGAACAGAAUGAGAAUGGUGAUUACUGUCCGGUGGAAGUAAUUGCUGCAAAAGAUGUCCCCACAGGAGGGAUCUUCCAGCUCCGACAGGGGCAGUCUCGGCGAGUUCAAGUUGAAGUGAAGUCUGUGCAGGAGUCAGGAACUUUACCACUGAUGGAAGAGUGCAUAUUGUCAGUUGGCAUUGGGUGUGUGAAAGUUAGGCCACUCCGGUCCCCUAAGAUCCACGAGAAUGUCCAUGAGGAAGAGGAGGACAUGGACAGCUACCAGGAUAGGGAUUUAGAGCGGCUUCGUAGAAAAUGGCUCAAUGCAUUAACCAAACGUCAAGAAUACUUGGAUCAACAACUGCAGAAGCUUGUCAGUAAACAUGACAAAACUGAGGAUGAUGCUGACCGAGAGGCACAGCUCCUGGAGAUGCGGCUGACGCUCACAGAGGAAAGAAAUGCAGUGAUGGUGCCUUCUGCUGGGAGUGGCAUUCCAGGGGCCCCUGCAGAAUGGACCCCAGUGCCUGGGAUGGAGACCCACAUUCCUGUUAUAUUUCUUGACUUAAAUGCGGAUGAUUUCAGCUCUCAGGAUAAUCUCGAUGACCCAGAAGCAGGAUGGGAUGCUACCCUGACUGGGGAAGAGGAGGAGGAGUUCUUUGAGCUGCAGAUUGUGAAACAACACGAUGGAGAGGUGAAGGCAGAGGCCUCCUGGGACUCUGCAGUGCACAGCUGUCCUCAACUCAGUAAGGGCACACCUGCUGACGAGCGAGUGUUCCUCAUCCUGCGAGUGACUGUCCAGCUCAGCCAUCCUGCCGACAUGCAGCUGGUCCUACGCAAGAGGAUUUGUGUCCAUGUUCAUGGGCGCCAGGGCUUUGCUCAAAGUCUCCUCAAAAAGAUGUCUCACCGGAGCUCUAUUCCUGGCUGUGGAGUGACCUUUGAAAUCGUCUCCAAUAUUCCAGAGGAUGCCCAGGGAGUGGAGGAGCGAGAGGCACUGGCAAGGAUGGCAGCUAACGUGGAAAACCCAGCAUCUGCUGACUCCGAGGCCUAUAUUGAGAAGUACUUGAGGAGUGUGCUGGCCGUGGAAAACCUCCUGACUUUAGAUCGCCUGCGUCAGGAAGUGGCCGUGAAGGAGCAGCUGACGGGGAAGGGGAAGCUGAGCCGAAGGAGUAUCAGCUCCCCCAGCAUGAACAGAUUGUCAGGAAGCCGGCAGGAGCUUAGCCCAUCCCACAGUCUAGGCAGCAACAAGGGCCGGUGGGAAAGUCAACAGGAUGUGUCCCAAACACUAGUUUCCAGAGGAAUAGCUCCAGGCCCUCCAGCUCUCUCUGUUUCGCCCCAAAAUAACCAGUCUCCUGAUCCUGGACUGGGAGGCGUGGCAGCCUCUUACUUGAACCCAGUGAAGUCCCUGGUGCCACAGAUGCCAAAGCUGCUGAAGUCUCUCUUCCCUGUUCGGGAUGACAGAAGGGGGAGACACUCAUCUCCCCUUGCACACCAGCCCGUGCCCCGAAUCUUGGUGCAGCCUACCUUCUCAGAUACCUGGGCAACAAGGACAGAGGAGGCUCAACAAGGCAGCCCUGGGCCUAGUGGGGCUUUGGAAUCCAUGGUGAAGAUGGCGGCCCCUGCAGUAAAGAUCUGUGACAAACCUGUCAAAGUGUCUUCCCCUCCAUCUCCCAUGGUGGUUACUCAGCCCCCAGAAGGACAGGAUGGACCACCCAGCCCUUUGAGUGAAGCUUCAAGUGGCUACUUCUCUCACAGUGUCUCUUCUGCCACCCUGUCAGAAACACUCACCUUAGGCCUGGACACCACAGGCCUCGGCAGCCAGACGCCUGGGUCCCCCCCUGCCCUGUGUCAGGUCACCCCAGAGCCUGAGCUGGCUUUCCUCUCCUGCACACAAAGCCAUCCUCCUGCCCCAGAGGAGGCCCACGUACCUGCAGCUCCUACUCAAAGCACAGAGCUGGAGGUUCCCAGAGCACCUCUUCUUUCUGAACCCGCGUCUGCUGUACCCACGUCCCCAUUCAGAAUCCGGAAAGUGCGGACCUCAGAGCUUAAGUCCUUCACAGGCAUGCUGGGUGGUGCCUCCUCCGGAGCAGAGGAGGACCCCCUGGCUUCAGAAGACCCCAGCAAUGCUAGGGGACAGACUCUGGGGAGGCUAGAAGUAACAUCUGACUCUGAGGAUGCCAGCGAAGUCCCUGAGUGGCUCAGAGAGGGAGAGUAUGUUGUUGUGGGCACCAACAAGACGGGCAUUGUACGGUAUAUUGGACCAACUGAUUUCCAGGAGGGAACAUGGAUUGGUGUGGAGCUGGAUCUGCCUGCAGGAAAGAAUGAUGGCUCCAUUGGUGGGAAACAGUAUUUCAGGUGCAACCCUGGCUAUGGGCUGCUGGUGAGGCCCAGCCGGGUCCGCAGGGCUGUGGGCACUGGGCGCAGGCGCAGUUCAGGGCUCCAGCCUCAGGGAGCCCCAGAGGUCCGCAGAAGUGCUACCAUCUCGGGCUCUGCCACCAACCUGGCUUCACUGACAGCUGCACUGGCCAAGGGAGACAGGAGUUACAAGAAUCCUGAGAACCGGAAGUCCUGGGCCAGCUAAGAUGCACCUCCCUUGUGGACUCGAACAGGAAGGGGGAGACCUGGCUCCUCCAUGGGAGCAGGGCCAUGAAUGCUUUUUGCACGACGCAGGGAUGCUGGACAAUCUGGUUCCCUGUUCCCUCUGGGAAGCUGGAAGCUGGAUUUCCUUCCUCUGCUUGGCAGUGGCAGAGGCCCCUUAGCUAUGCUCCCCUGGUUAGGGGUGGAAGGUUCCAGGAGCCCAGAGACUCGUGGGAUGGAGCCAGCCCAGCUCCUCCCUGCCUGCUUGAGGAUGGGGGAGGGGGUUCCCAGCCAGAUGUGUUGGGCUCCCCUUUCCUUAUUCUGCUGACUUCACUAAUGUCUUAAUUUAAGCAAUGAUCCUAACUGGUGACUUGCCCUCACAGACUGGACUUCCCCUGCCUGGGCCCAGCACGCACACUACCCUCUCCGUGCACCGGAGAUUAUCAGCCUCCCCUGGGCCACACCUCAUCCUGCUGCACGGCUGGCUCACAGGGUUUCUAAGAGGCAUCUUUGUGGGUGUCCCGGUGUCUUUACAUUCAAAAUCUUUUCUGCUGGCCAUUCAUUUCCUAACAGGAUGCUUGAACUAUAUUUAUUUAAUUUAUUUUUCCAAAAGUUAAAAUACUUCACAAUCCACAAUCGCUGUCUAUCCCAACAUGCCUGCCUGUGCUUUCUGGCCUCUGGCUGGCCAGAGCUGCAGCCUCUAUCUUGGAUGGUGGUUGCUGGAAGUGGCAGCCAUCAAAUGAAACCAGCUGCCCUUGUGUUACUUGAUUGGAGACACCAUGGCUUUACUGACCCUGGUGGGAAGGCUGACCCAGGGUUGGCACGGAUCGAGCCUUCAGUACCUUGUCUGGAUCUGCCAGGCUUCAGGGAGCUGGAAAAUGUUUUGACUCUGCCUGUGCCUGGGGCCAGCAGCUGGCCAGGCAGGUAGUGAGGGCAGAACCAUCUCCAUUUCCUUCUGUGGAUCUGGGCUGGAGUCAUGGUAUAUCCCAGGGCAUUACCAACCACCUGUUUGCUGAGACGUGCAUGGCCUUUGAGUCCCAGAGUGUUGGUGGAGGGCUCAGUGGGUAGAUCAGAGUCACCUAGUCCCUGUUGUCCCAGGCCCUGCCCUGCCUUCCACCUCAGGCUGUAUCAGUACACAGGUUAUCCUUGGCAGUUUGUUUGAAGUUUGACUCUCAGAUUCUCGAAGAACCACAGCUAACAGGUGUCUGUAGAGGAAUUGGUUCUGUGAGGACUUAAGCCUUUUAAAGGAAGUAGCUCCUGCCAGGUAGCUUCUCAGAACCCCUCAGCCUCCUCUGGCCAUUGUGGCCUGUGCUAGUAUUGCUGACACUCAGUCUGGACUGUCUGCAUUGUCUGAUUAGCCCAGUAUAAACUUCACUACCAUCUGCUUGCCCAAACCCUGACCAGAGGCUGCUUAGAGCGCUAGGAGGAUGGGUGGCCUUCCUGGCACAGGUGCAGACUCUGCCUGCACCCCAGCCUGGGAGUCAAGUGUCACUCCACUUGUCACCACAAUCUGCCAGGAGAGACCUGCCUCUGUUCCAUUCUUGAAUAGCACAGAUUUCUGGAGCUGCCAGCUAGAGGCAGGCACCAAUUCAGUAACUCCUCUCCCUCAGCUGGCAUCUUGGGAUACGCACCAGGUGAGUUAGCAGUGCCAGUCCUGCCUGGCCACUCUAUGGAAGCCCACAGUGCUUCUGACUGUGUUCUAGUGAGAGCUUUUCUCCUGUCAGCAUCCACAGUGUCCCCUAGAGAGCAGUGUCCCGGAGUCCCAUCCUCUAGGAUGGCCAUGCAAUGGCUGCUAGGGAGAGAAGUCCCUGAGGAUGUAAUGCCAGUCGUGUUAAUGCUGUGGGAAGGGACAUUGUGCCACCUGUCACUCGGAUGGUGUAAAACGGGAGAAAGUUACUAUUGACUUCAUCUCGCUAUCCGGAGUUCUCAGGAAGUCCUGAGGAUCUCACUUGGCCAGCUGUCAUCCCGUGGUUCUGGGACCACUGUCUCUCUCCCAGCACCCCCUUCCCUUCCCUCCCUGCUCAUUGGAUCUGAGGUUCCCUAGCCUUUCUAUUUCCAGGCUGCCUAAGAAAUCCCCCUGCCUCUGAAAGUAAUACCAUUUCCACAGAGCCUUGCAGGAUACUCUUCAUGUGAAGCGCUCCAGCUUCACAGGCAACUGGCCAAAGCACAUGGGUCCUCCAGUGGCUGGAGGGUGUUUUGUGAGGGCAGUCUGUCUGUCUGCACAGAAGGCUCUGCUCUCAUGCACUUGGUGCUCAAUGUGGAUGGGAUCUUUUGGGAUCUCAUGGCACACAUAGCAAGUGUGCUAGAAGUUUAUCCUCAUGGGUGUUCCUUAUGAGUUGUUCCUGUGGCCGAGAGGACCCUGUGUUCCUGUCUGCUUUGAGGGCAGGGAGGUGACCUUGGGAAAGCUGGCACUUUCGGGUGGGUCCGAAGAGAUGGGGCUCAGGUGCUUGCUGGUCUUCUGGGUUUGCUGAGCACAUAUUGCACUCUGACCUUCAUGUUGCCUGUGGGCCGGAUGAAGACAGUGAGCUGUGUUCUUCCUGGGCUCUCAUGCCAGAAGAGGCUAGACAGGCCAGCUGUAGCUUCAGCUCUCCACUGACUGCCUUUUGGAGCAGACUAACACUAACUUGCAGCUGGAAACGUGAUGUAUAGGGGCUGUGGUUGUUAAAAUGUCAGGUAGUGGAGGGUAGGUGGUGGGUGUGGGGUUAGGUGCCCAUGUAUAAGGGCAGAGGGCCAGUGUUUCUGGGCUGUGUUUAGUGGCAUGUCCCCUGAGGAGUUGCACAUGGUGUUUCCAUGUUUUCAGUUUUCUCAACCACUUAUCAUGCCUUAGGGGUUCUGUGUGGGAAGCAGGUGAGUGACCCAUGUAGCAUUUACCUGUCUGUCCAAGCUGCCUUUGCUACGUGUUGCCCAUGGAUGGUGACUUGAAGCUUCUAGUGCCUCAAGGCCCAGGCCACCUCAGGUCAGAGACCAUAGGGCCAUCUCUAGUGCCUUCCUUGGGACCAGUGUCUAGCCUGUGCUUCUAGUCCCAGACACUGCCCAAAACAUCUUAGUCUAUAUGCUGCCUUCCUUUUGUGCUGUGGACAAAAAUUGGGAAAAGCACGGCUGUGUGGAUUGUGUAAAUAUGAGCUCAUAUCUGUGAUGUUGAUUCCAGGAAUCCAGUGAUUUGGUACAUGUUAAAUGGGAAUUAAAAAUCCAAAGACCCUGUAAUGAAUAGUAAAGAUGAUGAUUUAUGUUGUAUGAGGAA